AUGUAUGGACAAGGGUACCCAGGCAACAACGCAUACGCCAAUAACCCCCCGCCCCCGACCUGGGCUCAGCAGCAGCAGGGCAACACCCGCGCGAAUUACGGCCAACAGCAACAACAGUACGGCCAGUACGCUCCGCCGUCGGGCGCGCCACAGGGCUAUAGCAACGGCGGCCAGUCGUACGGCGGUGGUCAGGCCUACGGUGGCGGUCAGUCCUACGGCGGUGGUCAGUCGUACGGUGGUGGCCAGUCGUACGGUGGCGGCCAGUCGUACGGCGGCGGCCAAGGCUACCAGCCGCCCACCGGCGCGCCCGCUCCCCCGCAUUACGCUCCCACUGCCGCGGGCUACCAGCCGCCUUCGUCGGCGCCGACUGGAUACUACGCUCCCCCCGCUGGUGCUCCUGCGCGUCCCCCGACCGGUUCCCAGCACUACGGUCCUCAGCUGCAAGGCCAGGGCGGCACCCAGCAGCCGUUCUUUCAGUACUCGCAGUGUACUGGUAAGCGCAAGGCGCUCCUGAUCGGCAUCAACUACAUUGGCCAGAGCAACGCUCUCCGCGGCUGUAUCAACGAUGUCCACAACGUGCAAAAGUUCCUGAUGGAGCGCUACAACUACCGCUCCGACGACAUGGUUAUCCUGACCGACGACUCGAAGAACCCCCGCCAGAUUCCCACCAAGGCCAACAUGAUUGCUGCCAUGCAGUGGCUCGUGAACGGCGCUCAGCCCAACGACGCGCUCUUCUUCCACUAUUCGGGACACGGUGGUCAGACCAAGGAUUUGGACGGCGACGAGGACGACGGAAUGGACGAGGUCAUCUACCCCGUCGACUUUAAGACCCAGGGUCACAUUGUCGAUGACGACCUGCACGCUCUCAUGGUCCGCCCCCUCCCCGCCGGCGCCCGUCUCACUGCCAUCUUUGACUCGUGUCACAGCGCCACGGCCCUCGACCUGCCGUACGUCUACUCGACUGAAGGCAAGAUCAAGGAGCCCAACCUCCUUGCCGAGGCCGGCUCUGGUGUCCUCUCGGCGGGCAUGUCCUACCUCAAGGGCGACGUGGGUGGCAUGAUGUCUGGCCUCAUGAACGUCGGCAAGCAGAUGAUGGGCACAAACUCGAACGCGACCAACGUGACGCGCCAGACGCGUACUUCGCCAGCCGACGUGGUCAUGUGGUCCGGUUGCAAGGACUCACAGACCUCGGCAGACACCAGCGAGGCAGGUAAAGCUACCGGUGCCAUGUCGUACGCGUUCAUCGCGGCCAUCACCAAGAACUCCCAGCAGAGCUACGUCCAGCUCCUCCGCUCCAUUCGACAGGAGCUCCAGGGCAGGUACGACCAGAAGCCCCAGCUCUCCGCGUCCCACCCCAUCGACACAAACCUCCUCUUCAUCUGCUAA